CUUCCCUUGCGUCCAGCGUUAACGUUUUUUUAACUCGUAGCAUGACUGCGAUCGAGGGGCCAGCUCGAGCCUUCCCGUGAUUAUUGACGCCCUGCCGGCCGCUGUUUUUUCCCUCUCUCUUACCUGCCUGCAAGAAGAUAAGAGCAAAGAAAGAGAAGUCCGGCUGUUCCGCUCGGCCUUGCCCAUCUUCUUCCAAAACCGCCACGAACACGAACCACGCCUAUCUCUUUGUCUGUUCGCCGAACAAACGGUCGGGAUCGAUUAUUCUUGAUGGGGCGAUUCGAUCGUUGGGCGGUGCUCGCUGCACUGCUCUUUACUCGAGCUGCGCUUGCUCAUGGAGACCAUGAACAUAUCGCCGAGGGGGAGGCCACUUCGGAGGAUCCGAUUGAUACAAUUCUCUGGCUGCAUAUGAUCUUGAUGGGGUUUGCCUUUGGCAUUAUCUUCCCGCUUGGAAUGGUCCUUGGUAUCACCCGUUCUCGCUGGCAUGUCCCUGUGCAAAUCGUCGGAACCAUCAUCGCCGUGCUCGCGUACUUUCUCGGCCAUGCGCACAAGGGCCGGCAGUUCGCCACGAACAUCCAUGCCUCCUUUGCAACCUCAUUGAUGCUCAUGUUGGUGGUGCAGGUCGUGCUGGGAGUGUAUCUCAAGCUGCACUUAUCCAAGGGGAUCCAUGGGCGUAUUCGCCGCUUCUUUGUCCUCGCACAUAGCUUGGUCGGCAAGGUGAUGCCCGUUGUCAGCUGGGUCCAGAUGUUGUUCGGCGGGAUUGCGGCGUUGGGGUUCUGCCGGGGAGACCAUCUGGGACAAUGUGCGGCCCAUUUUAUUAUGGGCAGCGCCUUCAUCGCCUACGGCAUCCUGCUGACCGUUGUUCUGAUGGUGGGCCAGUACUGGCUGCGACGGACAGGCCGCAGUCAGGAAUUCUUCGACUCGCUGGUCAUUGCCCUCUGGGGCUGCAUCAACACCUUUACCGAACACCGCUGGGGUACCGACUGGGUGCAUAACGAUCUUGAGCACACCGCCAUGGGCAUCAUCUGGUGGUGCGCCGGCCUUCUUGGAAUCUGGAUGAGUAGAAAGCGGAACGGCCGCCCUAAGAGGAACCUGAUUCCUGGCAUCGUCAUCUUCUUCACUGGUUACGCCAUGUCGUCCCAUCCGCAGACUUUGAUGAUCAGCUCCAUGGUCCACUCCGUCUUCGGAUAUACCCUGAUGGCCGCAGGUGUCACCCGGAUCAUCGAGAUCUCCUUCGUCCUGAAAGACCGAAGCACCCUUAGCCCGGACGGUUCGGACCCCAACAGCUUUCAAUAUCUGCCGCCAUUUCUUCUUUACGCUUCUGGCUUCCUCUUCAUGGGUGCUACCGAGGAGCAGAUGCAGUUACUAAAUGACGCCGGUGUCUCACACGUGGCUUAUGUGCUGAUUCUCUACAGCAUGGCAUUUAUUCUCUUCCUCUUCGUCCACAUCCUCCUCCACAUCUAUGCGGCCCAUGCCUGGCCCGAAUCCAUGAAAGUCAAGCCGAAUCCUCAGGCUCGCAGUGCAACGGAGUCAGGCGCGGACCGCCCAAAAGCUCGUCGCGCGCCGUCUUCCGUUUCCUUUCUGAAUACCAAUGGCGGCCUGCUGAACGGUCAUGCUCGCUCCGCCUCGGAGGCACAACAGGUCCAGGACGCGGAAGCUUUCGAACUACAAGGCCUCAUUUCUGAAGAUGACGAAGAGGAGGUGGAAACCCCCAAAGUUCCUCACCCGAUGGGACCGCAGAAAGCCACCGAUGAGGAAAAUCCGCUCAUCGGGAAAGACACAUAGUUUAGGAGCGGUCUGUCUUUAUUCCUCCCAUCUUUUUUUGGAUUAUUAUCGGUUUGGGAUGCCCCGGGGGGAUCCCCCCCCCCUU